GGCCGAGGAGAGCCCCCCAAUCCCGCGCCGAGGAGGCGGCGGCGGCGGCGGCGGCGCGACGAUGAGGAUGAUGAAUACAUUGCAAAGUUUUUUUGGCCCCGGCGAGGGGUGUCAGAUUGAGUGCUCUGUGCGCAUGUGCGAAGGUGUCCAAACUGACAAUGCUGGGGAGAUGAAGAUAGUGUGUAGCUGCUUCUGGACUCAAGGAGGAGGAGAGAGAUUCCGCGAGCCGACACCAUGCGAUCCAAGGCGAGGGCGAGGAAGCUAGCCAAAAGUGACGGCGACAUUGUAAAUAACAUGUACGGGCCGGACCCCGACCUGCUGGCUGGCGAGAGCGCCGAGGACGAGACCGAGGACAGCAUCAUGUCCCCCAUCCCCAUGGGGCCGCCGUCCCCUUUCCCCACCAGCGAGGACUUCACGCCCAAGGAAGGCUCGCCCUACGAGGCCCCCGUCUACAUUCCUGAGGACAUCCCCAUCCCACCGGACUUCGAGCUCCGCGAGUCCUCUAUCCCCGGGGCCGGCCUGGGGAUCUGGGCCAAGAAGAAGAUGGAGGUCGGGGAGCGGUUUGGCCCGUACAUGGUGGCGCCCCGGGCCGCGCUGAAGGAGGUGGACUUCGGCUGGGAGCAAAUGCUGACGGACGCAGAGGUGUCGUCCCAGGAGGGCUGCAUUCAAAAGAUCUCCGAAGACCUGGGCAGUGGGAAGUUCUGUGUGGACGCUAAUCAGGCCGGGGCCGGCAGCUGGCUCAAGUACAUCCGCGUGGCGUGCUCCUGUGACGACCAGAACCUCACCAUGUGUCAGAUCAACGAGCAGAUUUAUUAUAAAGUCAUUAAGGACAUUGAGCCAGGAGAAGAGCUACUGGUCCACGUGAAAGAAGGCUCGUACUCCCUGGGGACGGUGCCCCCCAGCCUGGAUGAGGACCCCACGUUCCGCUGCGACGCGUGUGACGAACUCUUCCCGUCCAAGCUGGACCUGCGGCGCCACAAGAAGUACGCGUGCAGCUCGGUGGGGGCCGUGCUCUACGAGGGCCUGGCCGACGAGCUCAAGCCCGAGGGCCUGGGCGGCGGGGGCACCGACGGGCAGGCCCACGAGUGCAAGGACUGCGAGCGGAUGUUCCCCACCAAGUACAGCUUGGAGCAGCACAUGAUCGUCCACACAGAGGAGCGAGAGUACAAGUGCGACCAGUGUCCCAAGGCCUUCAACUGGAAGUCCAACCUCAUCCGCCACCAGAUGUCCCACGACAGUGGCAAGCGCUUCGAAUGUGAAAACUGUGUGAAGGUGUUCACGGACCCCAGCAACCUGCAGCGGCACAUCCGCUCCCAGCACGUGGGCGCCCGGGCCCACGCCUGCCCCGACUGCGGGAAGACGUUCGCCACGUCCUCGGGCCUCAAGCAGCACAAACACAUCCACAGCACCGUCAAACCUUUCAUAUGUGAGGUCUGCCACAAGUCCUACACGCAGUUCUCCAACCUGUGCCGCCACAAGCGCAUGCACGCCGACUGCCGUACGCAGAUCAAGUGCAAGGACUGUGGGCAGAUGUUCAGCACUACCUCUUCCCUCAACAAGCACCGGCGCUUCUGCGAGGGCAAGAACCAUUACACGCCGGGCAGCAUCUUCGCUCCGGGCCUGCCCCUGACCCCCAGCCCCAUGAUGGACAAGGCCAAGCCACCCCCCAGCCUCAACCACGCCAGCCUGGGCUUCAACGAGUACUUCCCCUCCAGGCCGCACCCGGGGAGCCUGCCCUUCUCGGCGGCGCCCCCCGCCUUCCCCGCACUCACGCCCAGCUUCCCGGGCGUCUUCCCUCCGUCCCUGUACCCCCGGCCGCCCCUGCUACCUCCCAUGCCGCUGCUCAAGAGCCCCCGGAACCACACGCAGGACGCCAAGCUCCCCAGCCCCAUGGGCAACCCGGCCCUGCCCCUCGUCUCCGCCAUCGGCAGCAGUGGGCAGGGCUCCACGGCGGCCGCGGGGCCCGAGGAGAAGCCGGAGAGCCGCCUGGAGGACGCAUAUGCCGCCAAGCUCAAGCCCCGGGGCAGCGACCUGUCCGACGGCAGCGACUUCGAGGAUAUCAACACCACCACCGGGACUGACCUGGACACAACCACGGGCACGGGCUCCGACCUGGACAGCGACGUGGACAGCGAUCGCGACAAGACCACGGACAGGGGCAAGGCGGCCGAGGGCAAGCGCGAGCUUGGGGGCGGCGCGGCGGCGCCCGGCGCCCCGGAGAGCACAGGCGAGGUGCCCGUCUUCUACUCCCAGCACUUCUUCCCACCGCCCGAGGAGCAGCUGCUGACAGCGUCGGGCGCCGCGGGCGACUCCAUCAGGGCCAUCGCGUCCAUCGCCGAGAAGUACUUCGGGCCCGGCUUUGUGGGCGCGCAGGAGAAGAAGCUGGGCGCGCUGCCCUACCACUCCGUGUUCCCCUUCCAGCUCCUGCCCAACCUCCCCCACUCCCUGUACCCCUUCACAGACCGCGCCCUCGCGCACAGCCUGCUGGUCAAGGCCGAGCCAAAGUCGCCCCGGGACGCCCUCAAGGCCGCUGGCCCCAGCGCCGAGUCACCCUUCGACCUCACCACCAAACCCAAAGAGGCCAAGCCCGUCCUGCCGGCGCCCAAGGUGCCCCCGGCCCCGGCAUCCAGCGAGGAGCAGCCGCUGGACCUGAGCAUCGGCAGCCGCGUGCGCGCCAGCCAGAACGGAGGGACCCGGGAGCCGCGCAAGAACCACGUGUAUGGCGAGCGCAGGCUGGGGGCCGGGGAGGGGCCGCCCAAGGCGUGCCCGGCGCAGCUGCCUCAGCAGCCGUCCCUGCACUACGCCAGGCCGUCGCCCUUCUUCAUGGACCCCAUCUACAGCAGGGUGGAGAAGCGGAAGGUGACCGACCCGGUGGGAGCCCUUAAGGAGAAGUACCUGCGGCCGUCCCCACUGCUCUUCCACCCCCAGAUGUCAGCCAUCGAGACCAUGACUGAGAAGCUGGAGAGCUUUGCGGCCAUGAAGGCGGAAUCCGGCAGCUCCUUGCAGCCCCUCCCCCCCCACCCCUUCAACUUCCGGUCCCCACCCCCGACGCUCUCGGACCCCAUCCUCAGGAAGGGCAAGGAGCGCUACACGUGCAGGUACUGUGGCAAGAUCUUCCCCCGAUCAGCAAACCUCACGAGGCACCUGAGGACACACACCGGGGAGCAGCCGUACAGGUGUAAGUACUGCGACCGCUCCUUCAGCAUCUCCUCCAACCUCCAGCGGCACGUCCGGAACAUCCACAACAAGGAGAAGCCCUUCAAAUGCCACCUGUGCAACCGCUGCUUCGGGCAGCAGACCAACCUGGACAGACACCUGAAGAAGCAUGAGCACGAGCACGCUCCAGUGAGCCAGCAUUCGGGGGUCCUCACGAACCACCUGGCGACCAGCACCUCCUCCCCCGCCUCCGAGUCGGACCACCAUGCACUUUUAGAUGAAAAGGAAGACGCCUAUUUCUCAGAAAUCAGAAACUUUAUUGCCAACAGCGAGAUGAACCAAGCAACAACGCGAACAGACAAACGGCCGGAAGUCCAGGACCUGGACGGUGCCCCCCCGUGCCCGGGCCUGGCCGGCGGGAAGCCCGAGGAUGCAGAGGAGGAGGAAGAGGACGAGCUGGAGGACGACGGCGACAGCCUGGCGGGGAGGUCCCAGGACGACACCGUGUGCCCCACGCCGGAGCCCCAGGCUGCCUGCGAGGACGAGGAGGACGGGCCCGCCUCCCUGGCCAUGGGCUUCGACCACACCCGAAGGUGUGUUGAGGAGCGACCAGGCGGUCUGUUGGCUUUGGAGCCGAUGCCGACUUUUGGGAAGGGGCUGGAUCUCCGCAGAGCAGCUGAGGAAGCAUUGGAAGUUAAAGAUGUGCUUAAUUCCACCUUAGAUUCUGAGACUUUAAAACAGACCCUGUACAGGCAGGCUAAGAACCAGGCGUAUGCAAUGAUGCUGUCCCUUUCUGAGGACGCUCCUCUCCACACCUCCUCCCAGAGUCCUCUGGACGCUUGGUUGAACAUCGCGGGAGCCACGCCAGAGUCCGGAGCCUUCAACCCCAUCAACCACCUCUGACUGCCCCCCGAAGGGCUGGGGUCAGAGUCCAAGCGAGGCCACCACGGGCCCCCGACGUCCCGACAGAAAUCCCAGCUGCGGAAGAUGGAGGCCAGGGCCUUGGGGAGCCAGAGCGGCCCGGGGCCGAGGAGACCCCUUGUCACCUGCGUCUGACCUCUCCUCAGCGUCUGUGCCGCCGGCCAUGGUCCAACUUUAACUUUUCCAACGAAAACUCAGAACCCGGAGUCCUCGGAGCCGUCGUAGGGUUUCACCGGCUCUAAGAACUGGUCUUGAGGACGGCGUUCGAGAUGGUUCAGCUCACAGUGUCCGGGUGCAGCGCGGGGGGGCUGCUUUGCAGAGUCAAGCCCGUGGGCGAGGGUGGGAUUUGAACCCCAAACUGAGGCCGGCGGGCCGCUCCCAGGCGCCCGCGUGCUGUCUCGAGAGGGAACGGACAGCUGGGUGUGCUCUAAGGAGGGAAUCGCCCAGAUGAUUUUUAUAAUGAAGAUUACAAGAAUGACCCUUUUGGUAAUCUUAUUGACGACAGAGUCUAUUUAAGCAUGUGGUUUUAAAAAUAGACAGUAUUUUUUAAAAAGCAAAAUCAAAAAGUGACUUGCCAAUUGUUUUUUAAAAGUAAUUUUGCAUUGCUUUGAAAUCUCCGCUUAUUUGCAAACCCAAACCUGCCUGGGAGCCAGCACUGCCUUUGGGGGUGUUCUUUAUACUGUAGAUGCAGAGAAAUUUUCUAUCUCUGACCGUAUUUGUAAAGCCAAGGUGAUUCUGGGGUCCCCCCCGGGCAGAACUGAGUUUGGGGGGCCGACUCCCGUGAGCAGUUUCGGACUGUGCCCGGGAAUCAGAUACGGUGUCCUGGGCUGGCCCAAGGCUGGGACUCGGAGAUGUGCCUGUCAUCGUGUGCCACGCGAUUCGUGCCCGUGGCCCCCAUCCAGACGCCCGGUUGUGUGGGGGAGGGCGGAGCGGUGGCUGGUUCCCUGAUGUUCUCCCCACAAGGGCUGUGCCUCGGCCACCCCACACCAGCCCGCCCGCCACCGUCCUCAGAAGGCAGGCCUGCCGGUCACGUUCGGAUCUCCAGCCCUCACCCACCCCCGGUCAGACGGACAAGGGGGAGGAAGCGGGCCUCCGCGGGGGCCACCGGGGGCCACACUUCAAGGCUCCCUUUUGCUCCAGGCCGCCAAGCUCCACGUGCACCUGACACCCCAAGACACGACUGCCACUUCGCUCUUUGUGUGGGCUCCUGGCGGGCAGGACCCGGCUCCAGAACGAAGGGCGUCCAGACGCGACCUACCGCAAAGAGCAAAGACAGCACAGCCCCGUGGGGACGGCGCCUCCCCGGGGACCAGGCUACUUCUCCACUCGGAUGGGCUUUAAAUUAUUCCCGUAGGGGCCAAUUUCGAGUAAUCGUUUGUUUUCCCUGAUGGAAUUGACCUUAAUCUGUAUAUAACUUGUAAUUUUUUCUAAUUCAUUUCUUUUCUUAUUUUAUUUCUUCCUUAACAGUAUUUUUGGCAUUAGACAUUCUUAUUGUGAAGAAAUAAUGUUAAUAUAAGUAUCUAGUGAAGGACCAAAACCGUGUAAUAAGGUCGUGUGAUGUGUGAUCAGUAACCAGGGAGUGGGGCCGUUUUGAAAGUGCCAAAUACCCCGCGUCCCCCGCGCCCAGCAGAUCCUGCUGCCCGUUUUCCAGACAAUCAUGUGUUUCUGUUCAAUUUGAGUUUCAGCUGCGUUUAAGACAAGUGCUCUAUUUAUUUCUUUUCUUGUUUGGAAGAUAAGAAGCAGAAUAGCAUCCUGAGAAGAAGAGAAAAAAAAAAAAUCUCCCAAGUUGCCCUAAAAAACGUGUGAAAAUACAAACGGCUGUGGAGUGGCCAAGCGUUCAGCCACUCCAGGCCAAGACAAUCGUCCACCCGGGCACUGGGGGUCCAGCCUCGUGCUGGAGACCUGCGGUGGGGAGUCCCCGGGGGCGCACAGACCUGCGGGUCCCAGUGAAAGGGCUUUGGCCCUUCCCAGAUCCAGUCGAGGUGACAGGCUCAGAGCACCUGGCAUGUGGGCGCCGGCUGGAAGGUCGCCCCCGGGGCAGCCGGAGAAGCUGCUGGUGGAGGACGGGCCGUGGCCACACCCGUGAGGAUCUGCAGACUCAACGUCGGGCUCACACCUGCUCGGAGGCAUCCUCGACCCGCCUCGGCCAGACCCGCCUGGUGUGUAGGAAUUUCCAACUUCCCCUCCGCCGAGAUGGGACCCCCUUGAAAAGUCAACCUCAGAUACCAGCUCCCCAUUUCUGUAAACCCAAAUUAUAUGAUUUCUUCUGCUAAAGAAUAAGGUGUGUGCUUUUUUUUGCGAUAUGACUCUCUCAGUCCAAAACAGGACGUUUGGGCUGGGGGAGACCCGAGGGUCUGUUCCCUGCGGCCCGGCCCUGCCGUUCACCUCUGGUCUCUCUGUGACCGUCACGGUCGGACUUCUGUGGGCGAUCUUCUUAAACAUUAUCUCUUCCCUUUCCUUCUUUUCUUCCCCUUCCCCAAGAAGCCCGGUUGCACAUUUUAAGUCCUGUUUUCUUGUCCUUCUGAAAACGAUUAGAGCAAGCCCAGUUUCUCCUCUGGCCUGAACACUUGGCCGGCCUGGGGGGUGAGGUGGGGUCUGUCCUUGUACCCCUGGGCAAAGAAAGCACUUACUUCCUAUGCCUGGUGUGUCCGUGAAGCCCGGUUUCAGAGCUUAGCGUUGCUCCCAACCACAGCGAGCUGCCCCCCCUCUGGCCUUUCUCUGCCCCGUGGGCUCUAGCACCAGCUGCUUGUUCAGGCCCCAACGCCGCCACGUGCCGGGGGACCCUCUGGGGUUGGGGUCUGGGAGCCAGGGAGCCCGGGCUGGAGAAUUCCAAGAUCCCAGCUUCGGAGCGCAGACACAGCAGGCAGCUGGCUGGCUGACCACUCUGUCCGUGGGCGGGUGGCCAGGGUCAGGGCUGUGGACUGGGUGUCCCACUGGGCCAGGUGUGUCCGGGGCCAGGACCCUUCGGUCGAGCCUCUGCUGCUUCCCUCUCUGGACUGUGGACACUUACCCCCAAAUGGAAAUUCGAAAGGAAGCCCCCUCCCCUUUCCCUCCUCCGCCCCUCAAACCCCAGUCCCCCGAGGACCCACACCCUCUCAUUCCCAGGACCAUGGGGUAGGAUCCCAGGGCAGCCAAUGCUUUGGCCGGCCAGCCCUUCAGCCCCCCGAUCUGAACCCAGGGGCGUGCGCUCCUGCAUCUGGCCUGGGACCCUGGGGUGCGGACGAGUGGACAGGGUGAGCCUGAGAGACUGCCCGGCCGGCGUGGCCUUCCUGCACAAAGCCAAGGGUGCAGCCAGUGUGUCCAGACCCUGACUGGCCCUGGAAGCCCUGAGGGCCCUCGGCCUUCUCUGUCCUGGCUGCUUCCUCAGUUCACAAAGCACUUACCUGAAUACACAUCCCUCGUGUUCGCCCCGAAGCCUCAAGCACUGGAUUAUGGAGCCCCUGUGCCCCGGCCCCCCGGCCAAGUGACUGAAAUCUACUGAGCUGUAUUCACUGUGCUGUCCUGGGGGAGGGGCAAGGGGCAGCACCCCCCGGGAGAGCACCCUGCACUGCUGCCCGGGGUAGGGGGACGGACAGGGAGCCGGGCACCUCGCUCCCCUCCCGGCUGGGGACGCGAAGAUACGGUUGCUCCUGGUCGGUGGAGGUCAGCCGGGUCUCAAAAGCCAUGAAACUGUGUCUCUGUAGCAAUGAGUGAUACUGUGACUAAGACGUCCUCACGUUAUUCCAAGGAGCGAUCCUUUUCUCCUGCCAUUCCAGUGUUUUUGUUUUAUUUCUUUUCUGUCACUGAUUCAUAUUACCACUUUUGGAAAAAAAUAAAAGAAGAUGAAAUGAAAAGGCAGCUUGAGUUUCCAAAUGUGCAAUUCACUUGUGAACAAAGUAACCCUAAAGGUUCCUUUCCAUGCAUUUUGCAUCCUCUGUUCUGUUCCAGACGAGGGAAGCUGAGCCCCGUGUCAGAAUACGGCACUGAAAGCAUCUGUAUGCGUACGCUGGUGACACUCCAAACCUGUGCACCCAUGUCAUCCUUCACCAUUGUUACAUUACAGAUUCGGUUUCUUUUAUUUUCUUUCAGAGCUAUAUAAUGUUGUAAAAGAAAUCAAAUGUAAAUGUCUGGUUUUCAUAGAAUGUUUUUUAAAAAACCAUUGAGAAGGAGGCUGGUGUGUGUCCCACGUCCCCCGAUUGUAAAUUGCUUCUGUUCUAAGUAAACUGUGCAUGGCUCGUGUGUAGCAGUCAUUACCGUGUCUGUUCGUGAAAUUUUUACAGAAAGGAAAAUCCCGUAGAUGCAGUUACUGAAUCUGUGAUUAGGGUCUACGUCCUCAAGACUAGACGUCUCGAACUGCCCACGCGGAAGAUGCAGUUCUUAAUCCAUACGGAAAUCGCUGUGGGAGAAGGAAAUAAAAAGGACACCAAGUGUAGGAGUCAUUCAGAGAGCGAUUCUGCAGAUUUCAUUUGGAUGCUUGUGAUAAAGACAGAUGUACUUGUGUAGAGAAACGUCUUUAAGGUGAAGCCUAGGAGACGCCGAUUUCGAGGCUGACGCUGUAGUCUAGGACUGUACACCAAAUGUAAUCUUUCCGAAGCUACGAUGAAUUUAUACAUGAGA